GGACCGAAAUGGGCUUCGAGCUUGCGCGUUGCGCUGAAGCCUUCGCGCAAGUCUUCCUGCUCUCUCAUAUUCUCGCUUGUUGGCUCUUCGACUGCCAAGCUAGCCAAGAAUUCUGGAGAAGGACCAUCUGGGGAGCGGUGCGGGGAAUCCUUCCACGGCAGAAUGUGGGAGAGUUUCCCUGGGCUUUAUGUGAGUCGGGCUUGACAGGUCUUUCUAAUUGCCGUCAGGCUAAUGAAAUCUUAGACUUUCCUGGCCUUCCGAGAGGCUAGUCCGGUUUACAGCUCCUCGGGGGCGGUCAGGUACACGAGGAUAUAAGAAAAGCGCAGGAAGGAGGACGAUCUUACUCAUUUGCUGAAUAUCUUGGAAUUGUACCCCUCUAACUCGUGGCCUUGGAGCAUUAGAGAUGUUAGUCUCUGGAACGACCUCGUCACACUUGCACGAGUCUAUCGUGGCGUGGAAGCGAGAGCUGGUGCUUAGUCAUUGAGUAUGGUCUAAAAAGUUUGCUUCGAUUCAUCUGGAAGCACAUCCAACCUCAGAGUUUCUGUGAAUUCUACGACCUGAAGAGUCAGAUCGAGCUGUGAGAUGAGGAAUAUGUAAUCUCUGUAAGUCUGCGUCGUCAAUUGGAAACGAGAAGUCCGAGGUUUGUCAUCCACUACCCAGAGAGCGAGAGCUAGCUUGCGAUGGGUUCUUCAGUUUCGUUCCGCCUCACAUGAAGAAAUGUAGAGAACUGCGUAGACGAAUUGCUUCCUGAUUCCAUGCAUUCAUGAAAUGUAGAUUGUAUCACCCGCAAAUCGGACGAUUGUGUCGCACUUGCCGUCUGCUGAGUCAUUGUGUAGGCUCUUGGUCAAGUUGUUCGUUUCCUCACACAUGAGAUCAGAUAGCUGGGACGAAUGCUUCUAUUGGGUCUUUGGGGCUGCAGAAGGAUGUAGAUCUGUAACCUGCCAUGUUAAGAAGUUGACAUACAGGACUAUCAAGUUCGUACCAACAUUCAUCCAGUCGCAUCUUCAGAGGAACCUUGGGGAGUUAUUGAAAGCAGAGCAAAGUCGUACUUUUUAGCUCAGUCGAACCGCACAAUUGGCAGGCAGAACUUUGAUGUAAAAAUUCAUGGUUUUUGUGCCGUUAAGCAACGAUGUAUACGGUCGGAUCGUCAACUUUGAGGUCGCAAGUUGGAUUCUGUAACAAACAUAUUGCUUACUUGUUCUUCUCCUCAAGUUGUCGCUCACCUCUGCGAAUCCAGUGCUCAAAGCGAGACAGCACUGCGCUUUUACUGAAGCACAUCGGGUUUCCUUGAAUAACGCACGCAAAAAUGACAGUGAAAUCGAUGACACGGUUUAAAUUAGUCCGGCCAGUGUAGCUGAAGGACCUGUUAUAGUUUGAGCAGUAGUUCAUCGUACGUCGCUUGUUAGAGCAAGCCAUGUCUUCAAUCGCCUUAAAAGAAGAAAUUUCAUGAAAAACGGGCUAUAUGGGCGUGGAGUGAUUUGAAUUUUGUUGACAGGCUUAGGAUGUGAGCUGUGAGCUAUUCCACUCUGUCUACUGCAUGUCUUCCAUGUUUAAUCUUUUGCCAACCCAAAGUUCCGAUUACUCUAUCUUCGGUGUAUCUAAGGCAUCUGGAAGUUUGCUGAUCGAAGCUCCCUGGUUGUACGUUUCAGUGAGUUUUACUUUCGGGGGGAUGGGCAGGAAUGGACGUGUGGACCAUGUGCCUAUGUUACACGAUGAGGGUGACCAAUCCAACUUGGAAGGCAUUGAGCUUUCAAGAACAUCGAGCUCUCAGGAAUAUAGCUUGAAGAUCGGCCCCGACGAGAAUGAUAUUGCUGAUUUGUACGGACAUAGUGGGGCGACUGUUGCUUCAAAACAACGGAAUCCUUUUGAUAACAGGAAGCAUGAGCAUCUGCUGAAGUCUGGUCCUUUGGGCAAAUGUGAUGAUCCUUUUUGCACAACAUGUCCUUCUUACUUUGGCACAGUUUCUCGCUCUGAUCAUGUUCGAAACGCUUUUAUAGGAGGGGCACACCACAUAAGGAAGAGAGCUGUAGCAGUGGGUAAAAGCUGGCUUCCUGGAAUUUUGAACCCUCAUACGAAGAUUGUUCAGCGAUGGAACAAAUUAUUUUGUAUUUCGUCCCUUAUAGCCAUUUUCAUCGAUCCAAUCUUCUUUUUCUUGCUCUCCGUACGAGAGGACUACAUGUGCUUGGUUUUCAACAAUGCCGCUGCUGUGACAGUCACUGUCGUGAGAACUUUGACAGACACAAUCCACGUUUGUCACAUCUUCCUACAGUUCCGUUUGGCUUACGUAGCACCUGCUUCAAAAGUACGGAAUGCUGGUCAGCUUGAAGAUGAUCCAAAGAAGGUGGCCAUGCACUACUUGCAAGGCUGGUUCUGUUUGGAUUUAUUUACGGCUCUGCCUUUACCACAGCUGUUAAUUUGGACGGUGGUGAAAAAGUACACUGGGAGCAGAAAUGGGGCAAACUACGCCAAAAAUGUAUUGCGAGUUGUUGUUUUACUUCAGAACAUACCAAGAGCUCUUCGAUUCUUUCCUCUGUUGAUUGGUCGAUCCCCGAGCGGCUUUGUUUUCGAAACUGCUUGGGCCAACUUUGUCAUCAAUCUGCUCAUGUACCUUCUUGCCGGUCAUGUAGUCGGAUCAUGCUGGUACCUAUUUGGACUGCAGCGUGUCAAUCAGUGUCUGCAGGAUAAUUGUCGCGCUGAUAAUGGAUGCGAGCUUUUCUUCCUGGAUUGUGGAGAUAAUACAAGCCCAGAUUUUAAGUAUGAAGACCCUAAGCGGGUCUACUGGAUAGCAAACACUGAAGUGGGUACAAAUUGUCUAGGCCCUUCCCCUACAUUCUCCUACGGAAUUUAUGUAAUGGGAGUCCAAGUAGCUAUGGAAAAGAAGGUCAUCAACAAGUAUAUAUAUUCCCUUUUCUGGGGUUUCCAGGUACUACUUCUAACACCUUCAAAGCUAAAGUGUUUUGCCUCGUAAAUCUGCGGCAUUUUUUGGUUCAGGAGUAGGCAUUUAAUACCUCCCUUUUUUGUUUCUGUUUUUUGUUUUUGGGCAGCGAAUCAGAUUUCACCUAACUUUUUUCUUGUUUAGUUUUUGCAGCAGGUCCAACUCCUGUCACUGUCCUAUCAGUUUCUUUUUAUUGCAGGAAACUAAGCCCCUCACUUUUUAUUAUUUGGUACCUGUUAUUGCAGCAAAUUAGUACUCUAGCUGGAAACUUGAUCCCGAGCUUGUUUGCUUGGGAGGUGCUCUUCACAAUGGGAAUAGUAGGGUUGGGUCUGUUACUUUUUGCAUUGCUCAUCGGCAACAUGCAGAAUUUUCUCAUGGCCCUUGGCCGCAGGUAUAUCAUUUCCCUUCACGCUUACACAGUCGGUUGAUCUUCUGUUUGCAGCAAAUUAGUACACUAGCCGGAAACUUAGUACCGAGUUUAUUUGCGUGGGAGGUGCUCUUCACAAUGGGUUUAGUAGGUUUGGGUCUGUUACUCUUUGCGUUGCUUAUCGGCAACAUGCAAAAUUUUCUAAUGGCCCUUGGUCGCAGGUAUCUAAGUUUUGUUGUUUCUCGUCUGUAAUGUAUCACGAAGAGAAAACGUUUGUAUAAUCGAUAUAGAACCCUAGUAUGCUUUCGUUGCUUCGGAGAAUACUUUUGGAUUCCAGCUGGAUUCUCUCUGGUUGCUCUUGUUUCCUGAACAUGUUAUUACAGUUCCUGGAAGCUGUUGCCUGCCAUUGCAGCCUGAUCCUCACACUCUGUGUUAAAAGCUUUAGGACAUGGCGGCAUCAUAUUAUCCAGUUUUCUUAAUGUAAUCGCGUUGUAGUAGACUCAUGUGCUUUCAAUGCAGGUUUUGUCGUGAAGAAAAUUACUUUUGUAGAAUAUAUAUCGUAUUAUAGUUUUAAGUAAAAAGUGAGCACGACAUUUUAUUCUCUCGAACUCAGUGAUGCUGUUUUCGGGCAGGAAGCUAGAAAUGCAACUGAAGAGAUAUGACACUGAGGUUUGGAUGAAGCGACGUCGCUUGCCUGUUUUAUUGAGGAGACGAGUUAGGCAGGCUGGGCGAUUCAGAUGGGUUGCGACUGGAGGUGUGGAAGAAAGAGAGUUACUGGCUGACUUGCCUGAAGAUCUGCAGAAGGACGUCCAGCGUUAUCUUUGCUUAGAACUGGUCAAGAAGGUGCGAUUGUUCGAGCUCCUUGAAGACCACGUACUGGACGCUAUUUGUGAGAGGCUCUACCAAAAACUUUACAUCGACGACAGUGAGAUUUUCCGAGCUAAGAAACCUGUAGAGCGGAUGUUGUUUGUUGUUCGUGGGAAGUUGGAGAGUAGAGGGGAAGACGGAAGUGUUGUGGCUUUAAAGGAAGGGGACUUCUGCGGCGAAGAGCUCCUGUCUUGGUACAUUGACAUGGCGGGCGUCAGUAGUGGGAAGAAGUCUACUGGAAUCGCCAAGAGUAUGGGAAAGCAUCCAUUAUCAAGUAGAACUGUUCAUUGUUUGACUAGUGUGGAAGCUUUCUCUUUAGAAGCAGAUGCACUGGAGUACAUUACCACCCAUUACAAGCGAGCAUUUAAAUCUCCACAAGUACAGGGUGCAAUUAGGUAUUUGUCGUUAUACUGGCGAUCUCUAGCUGCAAGACGUAUACAGAAAGCCUGGAGAGCUCGGAGAGCAAGGGCUGGUUUUAAAACUUCCGUUGCAUCUACUAGUCAACACCGAAAAAUUACCCGAUUUGCAACCAUGAAUAGGUCUGACAGGUCCAAGUAGAAUACUACCUGGAAACCAGUGAUUGCGUAUAGAAGAACAGCAUUAUGAGAAAAGAGACUGGACUGCAGCACGCUGUACAGCUUGCUGGGCGGAACACUGGAGUCUUCUCUAGCUCGAAGGAGUCCAGACGGUUCCGACCACGAAGACCCUGUCUUGCGUUCUCAAUUGGUUUAUUCUUCAAGCUAUUAAGGCUACCAGAUGACCCUGCCACCUGAAAAGGUCAUCAGCCUUCUCUGUCUCCAGGAGAAUGUCAAAUCUAUUUAGAUAGUGCUUCGUGGGUCUUGGAUCAUUUGUACACAUGUAUUAUUGAGAAAGUGAUCUAUCAUAGUCUUUGAGACUGGUUCUAAAAUAUCUCUUAAUCUGUUUUCUGAG